AUGCCGUCUGAAAUUCGUAAGCCCGCGAAAAACGACAAAACACCACGGCGCAAGAAACCAGACGAUCAGUUGACUGGCGCAAUGGACAUGUUCGCGUCUCCAAAACGUCCUAAAGUAGACGUUUUAGAAGUGACGGGUGUAUCAAGGAGUGGCCGAGUCAGGAAGAAAUCCUCCAAAUUGAUGGACUUUGAGUCUCCUGAUGAUAUCACUGACAGUAAACUCAAAAGACAGCAAAAAGCUCAACAACUUCAUGCACAGCAGGUACUGGAGCGAUUUGAAGCUCAGCAAGCACAAGCUGCUGCCACUGCGGAAUUAAAUGCCCAAAAUCAGGCUAGGAAUAGAAAAAAUUCCGGGACACACGGUAGUCCCCAGAAACUCAAACAGGAACCAAUGUCCGAUCCAGAUGAUCAAAGUUUAGGGUCAGAGUCGGAAGAAGUUUCUAAUGACGAAGAUAGAUUCUCUGUAGACUCCAACAGUGAAGAGGAAGUUGAUCCUUUGCUUAUUGAUGAGAAAGAAACGGGCUUCAAACGAUUAGAACCACCAGAUCAAGAGACUCCUUCCCAAGCUAAUAGUCUCUAUAUGCUGGAAAAAUGUAGGAAGAAAUUGAUUAUCAAAGAUGGAAAGGUUAUCGGACGAAUGAAAGCUCAGAGGAAAGAUAAGGGGAAAACGAGAUUUACUGCUUAUAUGCUGUGGGCUAAAGAAGUUAGGCAAGAAUUACUAGAAAAAUGUCCUAAUAUGGAUUUUGCAACAAUUUCUAAAAAGCUUGGUGAGCUGUGGGCAACAGUACCCAACCUGGAGAAAUACAAUUGGAGACGACGAGCCAAGCGGUUGGCUGACAAACCUAACUCUAAAAUAGUAUUGAAAGAAGAACAGCCAAUGCAGAAAAUUUCACCACCAGGUUCUCGAAAAAAGUUCAUCAAUAAGAUCGGUAAUGGCAAAGACAUGAAGUCCCCCACGAAAAAGACAGCACAAUUAGGAGCACCUUUUGGAGGUGGAAACUCUCCAAUAUCGCCAACGUCAAAUCGUAUUGGAAAGGACCUCGUCAAUGAACCGGUGAUAGGAAUGGGCAUGUACAAGGUUGUUGGGACUCAGCCGGUCGACGUAGCGGCUCAUUUAAAACUUUUAGGAGAAAGUUUGACUAUAAUUGGCGAAAGAUUGAAAGAACACGAGGGUCAAAUAGCCGUUUCUGGUAGUCUAUCAGUUUUAUUAGACUCGCUACUCUGUGCAUUGGGUCCUCUUGUGUGUCUUACUCAGCAAGUCCCGGAAACUGAUGGCGCAGAGCCCGAAAUGUUAUCCGAAAUGCUCGAUAAUAUUGCGUACAUCAUGCCAGGAUUGUAA